AAAUCAGGCAUUACAUAUAUAUAUGUUGGUGUAUAUGAAGAUAUCUUCCUCGAGACUUCCCUUUUUUUAGCGCUCUCACCAGUUGUUCUUCUAAAUCACAAUUAAAUUAAUACAAUCCCUCACACACUAACCCAUCACCCACUUUGAUCCAAUAUCUCCCUCUCUUACGUUAUAUAUCUGUCCAUUAAAUACAGAGCUUGCUCAUUGUGAAGAGACUUAGCCUAUCCUAGCUAGGAUAAUCUUUUGGUGAUCAGCCACAGCCAUGGCCGGCCCGAAUGCCGCCCCAUAUAGUGCCAUCUCGAAGCCCGCCAAGGCCGCCUCAUCUGCCACUUCUUGCCUCCGGGGUACCAGCCUCGUCACCUGGGCCUUUGUCCUUGUCCUCUGCGCCUUAUCAUACCUCCUCGGCUCCUCCCAGCAUGGUGGUGGCCGCCUCAGCCCCAUCGAUGUUUCUGCUGCCGGUGGCCAGCCUUGCUCUGGCAGCGUGGACUCCAUCGCCCUCGACUUCAACCACACCCACCGGCUUGAUGAUGUUGCCUUGCCAUUCCCCAAUGAGGUAGUCAGGAGCUACCCGCCUUGUGGCGCCGAGUACAGUGAGUAUACUCCAUGCGAGGAUGCGAAGCGGUCCCAGAGGUUUGACCAACACCGACUGAUAUACCGGGAGAGGCACUGCCCCGAGAAGAACGAGACCCUCAAGUGCAGGGUCCCAGCUCCGUACGGCUACAGGAACCCGUUUGCGUGGCCAGCAAGCAGGGAAAUAGCGUGGUACGCGAAUGUGCCCCACAAGGAGCUGACAGUUGAGAAGGCAGUCCAGAAUUGGAUCCAGUUCGAGGGGGACCGGUUCCGGUUCCCGGGGGGCGGUACCAUGUUCCCAAAUGGGGCAGACGCCUACAUUGAUAAUAUCGGGAAGCUGAUCGAUCUCAAGAGCGGAUCUAUCAGAACCGCCAUUGACACUGGUUGCGGGGUUGCUAGUUGGGGAGCUUAUCUUCUAUCAAGAAACAUCCUAACAUUGUCCUUUGCUCCAAGAGACACCCACGAGGCACAAGUUCAGUUCGCCCUCGAGCGAGGAGUGCCGGCUUUAAUCGGAGUGCUUGCCUCCAAAAGACUUCCUUACCCAUCCCGUGCAUUCGACAUGGCGCACUGCUCUCGAUGCCUAAUCCCAUGGGACCAGUUUGAUGGAGCUUAUCUUAUCGAAGUGGAUAGAGUCUUGAGGCCCGGUGGGUACUGGAUCCUGUCAGGGCCACCGAUCAACUGGAAGAAGCACUGGAAAGGCUGGGAGAGGACAGAGGAUGAUCUGAAUGCUGAGCAGAACAGGAUUGAGAAGGUAGCAAAAAGCCUUUGCUGGACCAAAUUAAUCGAGAAGGAAGAUAUUGCCAUUUGGCAGAAACCCAAGAGUCAUAUCAACUGUAAACUCAACCGCAAGCUCACUCAGAGUCCGCCUUUCUGUCCCGCUCAGGAUUCGGAUAAGGCAUGGUACACGAACAUGGAGACUUGCUUGACCACCUUGCCCGAGGUUACCACAAGUGAGGAAGUCGCGGGAGGAGAGCUCCAAAAAUGGCCUGAGAGGCUCCACGCCAUCCCACCAAGGAUCAGCAGAGGAACCGUUCCCGGGAUCACAGCUGAAGUGUUCCGAAGGGACUCAGAACUUUGGGAAAAGAGAGUUUCCAAUUACAAGAGGGUGAACAACCAGCUAGGCCAAGCCGGAAGGUUUAGAAACCUACUGGACAUGAACGCCCACUUGGGUGGGUUCGCGGCUGCUUUAGUUCAGGACCCGGUGUGGGUCAUGAAUGUAGUUCCUGUUGAGGCCAAGGUCAACACUCUUGGAGUCAUCUAUGAGAGGGGGUUGAUCGGAACUUAUCAGAGUUGGUGUGAGGCCAUGUCGACUUAUCCGAGAACAUACGACCUCAUCCAUGCUGACUCAAUCUUUACGCUCUACAAAGAUAGGUGCGAUAUGGAGGACAUCUUGCUGGAGAUGGAUAGGAUUCUGAGGCCGGAAGGGAGCAUAAUUUUCAGAGACGACGUCGAUGUUCUGGUCACAGUGAAGCAGAUUAUCGGGGCGAUGAACUACAGCAGCCAGAUUGUUGACCAUGAAGACGGGCCUCUUAUUAGGGAGAAGCUUCUAUUUGCUGUGAAAAAUUACUGGACAGCUCCAGCACCAUCUGACAAUACCCGAUCUGAGGCAUCGUGAAAGACCAAUAUACUACCUGAAGAUACAAAGGCGGGCAUAACCAAUAGCCCUUUUUUUCGCCGCUUUGGGACCGGUUUAGGAAGCAUCCUCCAUAUGAAACUUCGAUGCUCUGCCUGCCCCAAGAUACUCUUCUUUCUUUACUUGACUGAUUCUUUCAUGCAACCAUUGAUGAUUAAUUACUGUCUACACUUUUAUUCUUUCGGAAGUUCCGGUGAUUGGUUAAAGUCAUUGGCUAUCGUAAGCACCUGUAACUAUUGACAUUAUGUUAGAAAUAAAAGUUGAUCCUCUCAACAGUUUAUAC